CACAAGAGAACCACUUCUUGCAGCGGGGUCGGCGGCGGUGCCCCCGGCGCGGUGCGCAGAGGCCUCCGCGCGCGACGGGCCCUCCGAGCGGCGCCGGGGCGCGUUGCUGCACGGGCGGCUGCAGGUGCAGGAGGCGGACCAGGCUGGCGCCGGGCGCGGGCUGCGCGCGCUGCGCUCCUUUCGCCGCGGGGAGACCGUGUACCACGAGCCCGUUCUGGUGUUCGUGCAGGAGCCGUUCAAUGCGCGCGCGUCGCCCGCGUGCACGGGCUGCGGGGCCCUGCUGGGCGGAGACGUGGCUGACGUGGUCCGGGGCAUGCUCGGCGCCGCAUCCGAGCUCUCCAAGCCGGAGGAGCUGCGGCCCUCGCUCUUCCAGUUCCUGGACGGCCUCGGGCUGAGCCUUCCGGACCCCGUGCCUUGUGGCAGGGACGGCUGCCGCGCGGUCUUCUGCAGCGAGGGCUGCAGGAGCGCGCAGCUGGCGGUGGGACACCACCGGGUGCUGUGCUCGGAGCUGGACCGGAGGUCCCGAGUGUGCUGGAGCGCGUUCGCCGAGCACGCGGCGGCGCACUGCGACACCUUCCUGCUCGCCGCGCUGGCCGUGGCGGAGGCGGUGUCCCGGGCCCGCGCCGAGGGGGUGAGCCCGCACGAGGCGCUGCAGCGCUACACCUGCUUCGCGUCGGAGCCCUGGCCGCAGCUGCUGCGGGCCGGCGCUCGCGACCGCGAGGCGUGGGUGCAGCGCCGGUGGGGCGUCCUGCAGAAAUCCUACGACCUGCUUGUCGGCACGCUCCACGGCACGAUCGAGGGGCCGUUUUUUCUUGAUUUGGACGCUUACGCGGGCAUGGUCGGCAUGCUCGAGCUGGUCACGAAGGACCUCGAGAGGGACAACCCUCUGGACGCGGAGCUCAAGGAGGCCCUGGCCGAAGCCCCGAUGCACAUUCGCUCCGACAUGGGCAGGGCGACGCUGUGCUGGAUGAGAGCGAGGACGGCCGCGCAAGACUCGCAGGAGCAGACCACGCCGGACUCCUCUGGGGACGAGGAGGACCGCAGCGCCCAGCCCGCGCCGAGGGCCACCAACCUCGCGGAGGUGGCGCGGCGCACCGCCGCGCUCCCGGCGCUGCCCGGCUUUGCCGGCUUCGGGCUGUCGGAGGCCGUCGCCCUGACCAACCACAGCUGCGAGCCGAACGUGGAGGUCCGCACCACGGGGGACGCCUGCGAGGAGACGAGAUCCUCAUGA